ACACAAGUUUCUUGAAGGAGAAGCAAGAUGAAGACUUACUACCAGUUCCUUACUACCAGCAUCCUCAUCGGCCUGGUGUUCAGGGCUCACUCAGGUCCUGUCGCACCAUCUGAGACGGAUGAUCAUGAGUUUGCAAAGAAUUACUUGAAAAAACUGUACAACAUGGAGGAGGACAACACGCCGUCCUUUGGGCGCAAGGUCAAUGAGAUGAGCUUGAAGCUGGGUGAGAUGCAGGAGUUUUUCGGGUUAAAGGUGACAGGAACUCUGGACGCUGAAACGAUGGAGAUGAUGAAGAAGCCUCGCUGUGGAGUUCCAGAUGUGGCGGCAUUAAAAGCCAGAGCUUUAACUUACAAAUGGACUACAAACAGCUUGACCUACAGGAUUGAGAAUUACACUCCCGACAUGUCUGUGGCUGAAGUGGACCACUCUAUCCAGAGAGCGCUGCAAGUCUGGGCUCGAGUCACUCCUCUGAAGUUCAAACGCAUCUACAGCGGUAUAGCCGACAUCAUGAUCUCUUUUGUUGUCGGAGAUCACCGUGAUGGCUCUCCAUUUGAUGGACCUAAUGGUUUCCUGGCUCAUGCAUUUUUCCCCGGUGUUGGCAUCGGUGGAGACGCUCAUUUCGAUGACGAUGAGACGUUCAGCUUCAGAUCCACUAGGGGAUACAACUUGUUCUUGGUGGCUGCUCAUGAAUUCGGACACUCUUUAGGCCUUGAGCAUUCCAACGUACCUGGUGCUCUGAUGUACCCAACGUACAGCUACACCAAUCCUGACACGUUCGUUCUGCCCAGAGAUGAUGUUAAAAGAAUUCAGGCUCUGUAUGGCUCAAACAGGGACAAACCUGUUAACCCCGAUAAGCCCGAGCCCACACCUCCAGUCAACCCUGAUGCCUGUGACCCCAAUCUGGCCCUGGAUGCUGUUACAACUCUGCGUGGAGAGAAGCUCUUCUUCAAGAACAGGUUUUUCUGGCGCAUCCACCCACAGCUCACCGAAACCGAUCAAUAUCUGAUCAAGUUCUUUUGGCCAGAGCUUCCCGAUAAUAUUGAUGCUGCUUUUGAGAAUCCAUCGACUGAUUUGGUGUACAUCAUUAAAGGUCAGAAGGUCUGGGCUCUCAGCGGUUAUGACGUGGUGCAACGCCUGAGUCUCAGUAGCUUCGGGUUGCCAGAUACAGUGAAGAAGAUCGACGCUGCCGUUUAUGACGUGGAUACUGAAAAGGCAUUGUUUUUCCUUGGCAAGUCUUACUACAGCUAUGACGUGAACGGGAAGGUGAUGGACCGGGGUUUCCCGAAACCAGUGGAACAAAGCUUCCCAGGAAUGACAACAAAAGUGACUGCAGCUUUUCAGGAAAAUGGUAAUACCUAUCUCUUCAGUGGUCCAGAUGUUUUCCAGUACAACAGUGGAAGGCUGGUGAAUGUGCUGAAAAGCAACUCCUUCUUGCGGUGCUAGUUUUUCAUAUUUCCCUGCCUCAUGGAACUCGUGGAGAUUUAUUUAAUAAUUUACAAAGCAUUAUAAUUGAGUAGUAUUAAUGUUUUUAGUAACUUCUUUCUCAUGUUUUAUUGCGCUUGUAAUUGUUUGGAUUUUUGUGAGUUACUGUCAUUUUUUGAGGUUGUGUUUUUGAAAUAAAAUCUUUUUCUAGCAA